AUGAUCGGUGGGGCUCUGAAGCGUUUUCAGCUGUUCCAGUGCCGCUCUCAGGCUCCAGCAGGCACUAGGACCUACCCGAAGCCGCCACGCUCCAGCCUGUGCAGGAGAGAUAAAUAUAGCACAGCACAGCCCAGAUGCAUUGCUGGGGGAAUCCACCCGCACCCCGAGUCCCCGGCGUCCCUCCGCACCGGGGCUCUGCCGGGGCUCGAAUGCGGCGCGGAGGAACCCAUCUGGGGGUUCUGCAGGGAAGCAGCGGUGCCGGUGACGCUGCAGUCUUGGCUGCCGAUGCUCCAGCUCUGCAAGGUCACCUCCUCACUGCUCAUCAGCAACGCCAAGGCAGCCUGCAACGAGGACCUGCUCACACGAGAGGGAGUCACCUUCUGCGUUAACGUCACCCGGCAGCAGCCGUUUCCCAGCCUGCAGCAGGUGCGGGGCAUACGCGUGCCCGUCUUCGAUGACCCGGCUGAGGACCUGUACCGGUACUUCGAGCAGUGCAGUGAUGCAAUAGAAGAGGCUGUGAAGAGCGGUGGGAAGUGCCUGGUUUACUGCAAAAAUGGCCGCAGCCGAUCAGCUGCCAUCUGCACUGCUUAUCUGAUGAGACACCAAAAGCUCCCACUCAAGGAUGCCUUUGAGACUGUGAAGGCUGCCAGACCAGUAGCAGAACCCAAUUCAGGAUUUUGGUCUCAGCUGCAGAGAUAUGAAGAAGAUUUGCAGAUACAAAGCAGCCCGACCAGCUAAGCAAACAACUUAACUCUCUCUAAAGUAUCUUCAUACAUUGCUGUUCUCAAGUGGCUGGCUACAGAUUUCUUAAAAAUUAAUAAUUCCAUCUAUCCCCUCUACAUAAAAUGCCAGUGAGUGUUCAGUGAACUCAUUCGGUGCAUGACCAUUGAUGGCAUGUGGGACAGGGGCAGAUAAGCAGGGAGAAAGAGCAGAAACAGAAAAUGGUUGGAAGGACUGUAAACAGCCAGAGAGCAUUUAUUUUCCCCUGAGUGACACCGAAUAUGACAAUGAUGCAUUGAACAAGUGAAUGAAUUACUACACAGGGAUUUUACUCUUGGUUUUUGAUUAAACUUCCCAGUGACGUCACUGGAAGGCCUGAUGCCAGCCCAAGGAAGUCCUGAAUUUCUAUCUCGCCUACUGGAUCAUAAUUUAUGUUCACAACCUUUGGAGGGAAACUGACGCUGAAACUGCUUAGCCUCUGCCUGAGCCCUGCAUUUUCCUUGCGUUCAGCUAGACCAAAAUACCAUCACAAAAUUACUGACAAAUCCAAAGGACAGAACGCACAGAUGAUGAUAAACAGCUCAGCUCCUACCACGCAAGUCAAGGCUGUUUUCAGCUUUUGGAAUUAGUCUCCAAGACACCAGAAUAAUUAUUUUUAAAGCAGCAGUUGACAGUGGAGGGAAGAAGAUGACACUGUCAAUCUACAAGUAAUUCUAACUCCUUUUAGCUUUACUUAGCUUUACUAGGUGUAACAAGAUCUGCCGGUGCUCAGCUCAUGCCUUCAAGUCAGCUGUAUCUGCAUGCAAGCAACAUGGCUAAAUCAUUUCUGCUCAGCCUGUCUGCAGGGUGCCCUGUGAAAUUAUUUGUUGGGAUAUCAAGGAAGCUGCAUUAAAUUUCUAAAUCAGACUACAAUUAUGUUUAU